CGACCGAGGUUUUUUUUUCACUUUGUGGUCCGUCGUUUAGUCGCAACAGUUACAUAGGGUCGGCAACCUCGCUCAUUCAAGUUUGCGGCCGUUUAUAUGUGCGUUGGUGUUUUCCCAGAAGGGUUGUCAUAAUCAGCUGAUCUGCCCAAAAGACGCGCUAUGAUCCUUCGCCCCGCCGCCACUUGAUCGAGCGCAGCGGAGCAUAUAACUCGUUGGAUCACCGUAGCGUUGGAAGCGCAAGAGGAGCGGCCAGAGGAAGAGAGCGCGCGCGCGAGAGAUCGUCCUUGGCUCUUAGGAGAGGAACGAUCGGCCAACGAAACGGGAGAUGGCAAGCAACGCCUCGCCGUCGCGUUCGUCGCUGAGCUGCUGCCAAGUGGACAACGCGAGCCACAACGACGUGCACGAGGCGUGCAACCAGAGCGUCGUGCAGGUGAACAACAACUACUUCAUGCAGGAGAAGCACCAGUUUCCCAAGAGGCCCGAGGUUGACCUGCAGUUCAACGACGUGCGGUAUCGCGUCACCUCGUGGUCGAUGAAGAGACUCCAGCCAGUGACGAGCGAGAUACUUCAUGGUGUCAGCGGAGAGUUUCGCGCUGGCGAACUCACGGCGAUCAUGGGACCGUCCGGCGCUGGCAAAUCAACUCUACUCAACGUCCUUGCUGGUUACACGGUGAAGGGCAUGGACGGCGAGAUCUUGGUCAACGGCAAGGCGAGGGUGCCGCACAGCGAGACGUGGCGACGCACCUCAUGCUACAUACAGCAGUAUUCGGUGCAACGCACCAGACUCACCGUAGGCGAGGCCAUGACGCUCGCCGCCAAUCUCAAGCUCGGCUACACCAUCAGCUCGGCUUUCAAGCACACGCAGGUGUUGGAACUGCUGGAGAUAUUAGGAUUAAGCCACUGUUACGACACACUCUGCGGCAAACUGUCUGGCGGUCAAAAGAAACGACUUGACGUCGCGCUCGAGUUGCUCAGCAAUCCAUCAGUAUUAUUUUUGGACGAGCCCACCACUGGAUUAGACUCUGCCUCGUGCAGCCAAUGCAUAGCCCUCCUCCAGCGGCUAGCACGUAGCGAGCAUCGAACAGUCGUCUGCACAAUUCAUCAGCCGAGCGCCUUACAAUUCGAAAUGUUCGACACGCUGUACGCGUUAGCCGAUGGUCACUGCAUCUAUCGCGGCCCAGUAUCGAAUCUCGUCAGUCAUUUAGCUUCCGUGGGACUUCACUGUCCACCUUACCACAAUCCCGCCGAUUUCCUGCUCGAGGUAGCGAUUGGCGAGUACGGAAUCUCGACGGACAAGCUGAUCACUGCAGUCAACAAAUGUUACGAGAAUCAGAAAAUGAUUGCUCCUCGAGUCAAACCUACGUUAGACGACGACAGUAAAACGGAGAAAAACGAACCACCGCCGCCGGCGGGUUUUCUUGCUCAAUGCUACCUGCUCUACAAGCGCCAAUUGAUGAGCUUGAAACGUGAUUAUUUUCUGCUGGUCGUCAGGCUGAUGUGUCACUUACUCAUCGGCAUUAUAUUCGGUUACCUUUACAUGGGCAGUGGUUAUCGGGCUAACGGUGUCUUAGCCAAUUACGUGUAUCUUUAUGGCUCGCUGCUACUCAUUGUUUAUACCGGCAAGAUGGCUGUGACGUUAGCUUUUCCUUUGGAAAUGCAGAUACUAACGAGAGAACAUUUCAACCGUUGGUACAGACUAGCACCAUAUUAUAUCAGCAUGCUACUUAUCGAAGUUCCAUUUCAAGCCGCAUGUGCAGCCACUUAUCUGGCUGUCAGUUACUGGCUAACAGGUCAACCAUUCGAGACCGAACGGAUAAUCAUGUUCAUGGUAGUGAGUAUCGCUGCGAGUUUGUGUGCUCAAGCUUGGGGCUUUUUCAUUGGGGCGACUACUCCCGUCAAGAUCGCAGUGUUCGCUGGUCCUAUUAUAGCAGUGUUGUUCUCGGUAUUUGGCUUCUGCAUACGUUACAUGGACACACCCAAAGGAUUCCGUUGGCUCUUUCACAUUUCCUACUUCCGUGCAAGUUUUCACAGUCUUCUCAUUACGGUCUACGGUAACAACCGAGAUAAUCUUUAUUGCGAAUCAACCCCCGACGAAUUGAACUAUUGUCAUUACAUCAAACCAACAAUGUUUUUAAAAGAGAUGGAAAUUGUUAAUGCGAACGUCGUGAAUAAUUUGGCGCUGAUCGUUGGUAUAGGGGUGCUGAUGCAUCUACUCACUGCCAGUGCAUUGUGGUGUAAACUUAAUCGACGGUAGUGUGUUAGUUGUUCGAUAAGGAAUGAAUGCUUUUUUUGUUUUUGUUAUGUACUUUUGUAGUUGAACGAUCGUUGACUCGUUUUUUUAUGUUGUUGUUUAUUUUGACGGGUGAGAUGCAUUUCUUACACUUAGAGUGAAAAUGUCAAUGAUUUUUUCUUUUUCGUAAUUAACUACUCUUACGCAACUACCUUCUGUAACGAAUAUUAGUAAGUUCAGUAUUUAAAAUGAUUCAUUAUGACUUGAGAAAAUUCAAAUACUUCAAAGCUCUACCGUAAGCUUUUAGUUGAAAAUUGAACAAGAAUUUGUUUUUGUCGACUACAUUUGGAUACGUUUUCUAGGUCGUCAGGCGAUUUGCAAAAACACUAGUCUUACAAUUUAGUUUAGUGAAAAAAGUGAAAAAACUCCGUGUGUAAUUACGUAAGCUCUCAGAUUUUUAAUGAUUUUAUACGACAACAAAUGUAGAUUAAUAUUUGUUGUGUUUAGCCAAUGUUUUGAUUUAGUUAGCAUAAUCAGUCAAAAACUUAAGGGUACUACAAUAUUAUCUACAUAUGUCAGAUGGUAUGCAAUCCGUACUUUUAAAACUCUUAUCGAAAGCUAUUUGACUAUGUAAAGAUAAAUAUGUAAAAUAUAUUUGUAUAAUGCGAAUAUUGGAAGUAAGUGGACGUGGCGAUUUGGAGAAUCAAUUUUUGCACCAAUGUUUUUUUUUCUAGUUAUUUACACCGCAAUCGCAUACAAAUCGAUAAUAAUUUAUAAAUAUUUAAUUGUCAGGUUUGACACAUUUUAUACAAGAUAAAAUCGUACUAAACUUAUCCAGCUUCUUUUCAGUAAAUCAUAUAAGGUUAUUUGAUCUCUGAUUACAAAUUCGAAUUGGAAAGUAAAUGAAAUAAUAAAAAAAACUUGCUAGUAAUAUAGCGAUUGCGAAGAUGUCUAAGGUUUUACACAAAAAUAAAACGUAACUAGUGUUACCAUAUUAUAUAUAAAAUUUUAUGUUGUUUUGAAAGAAGAAAGAAUAGAAUGCCUAUGUUCAUGUAAACGAAUCUCUCUAUUCAUUUUAUUUUAGUAGUCAUAAUGGCUCUAAUUAGUCCAUUAGGCCGCGUUUUGAUACUUACGUAAACUGGUUGUUUUGCACUGCCGCAACUCAACUCCACGAUUAUACGCGCCUCCAAGCAGAUCACUCUCGCAAGGGAUUAAAAGUCUACUAUCGAGCGUUCAACUUUUGUUAUUCACCUAGAAAUAGAAUCUUCGAUAGAUUAAUUAAAAUUAUAUCGAUCAACUGCGUUCGUGAUAUUUGAUUUAGGCGAGGGUAUAAUAAUCCAUAGCUGUUAAAUGGAUGCGGGAGUUGAGCGCACUUACGUCAACAUGAACAUCUGAAAUCAUAUUUGCCAACAUUUCUUUAUAGCAGUAAAAAGAGAGGAAUUUAUAUUGUUUUAUAAAUUCAUAUGUUGUAUUUCGUAUUUUUACGUAUGUCACGUACUUGGCGAUCAUGUGAAACUUUACUUGUAUACUUAAUAAAUUAUAUAUAACUAAUA